CUUUUCUCGCCUCGCCGUGGACGCCGUGAAAUUUCUUGAGGCUCGUAUGCGAAAGUUAUUUUUGUGAAAAUUAAUGAAGUGUUUACGGUAGUGUCUAUUUAAUUUAUCAAAUCAAAGUUAUUUGUAGUUUGUGUAGAGGCAGCUUUAACUUUAGUUCUUCAGUGAUAUUUAUUACUUAUCGUUAAAGUGCUAGUGAUAUUUUGUGUACGAGCAUAUCAGCUUUCUGCCGAAAGUAAUAAUUGGGAACUAUCUUUGGCGAAGUGAUUGUGGCGCGGUGAGGUCCACUGGGUCGCCAUGACGACCGACAUCUCAGUGUCCCGCUGGGACCCCACCAUCGGCAGAACCUCGGGCCAGGAGAUCAUCGAUGAGAUCGAGUAUGACGGCGGCAACUCCUCGUCGAGGCUAUUCGAACGAUCGCGCAUCAAGGCGCUUGCAGACGAACGACAGAGCGUUCAGAAGAAGACGUUCCAGAAAUGGGUGAAUUCUCACCUGGUGCGAGUGGGGUGCCGCAUCAGCGACCUCUACGUGGACAUGCGCGACGGCAAGAUGCUCAUCAAACUGCUCGAGGUGCUGUCCGGAGAGAGACUGCCACGACCUACGAAGGGCAAGAUGCGAAUCCAUUGCCUGGAGAAUGUUGACAAAGCUCUUCAGUUCCUGAGGGAGCAGAGAGUGCACUUGGAGAACAUGGGAUCCCACGACAUCGUUGACGGAAAUCCGAGGCUCAACCUCGGUCUCAUUUGGACUAUCAUCUUGCGGUUCCAGAUUCAAGACAUCACAAUCGAGGAGACAGAUAACAAGGAGACGAAAUCAGCGAAGGACGCUCUCCUCCUGUGGUGUCAGAUGAAGACUGCCGGGUACAACAACGUGAACGUGCGAAACUUCACCACCUCGUGGCGCGACGGUCUCGCGUUCAACGCCAUCAUUCACAAGCACAGACCCGACCUGAUACAGUUUGAGAAGCUUCACCGGAACAAUCCGAUGCACAACCUCAAUAAUGCCUUCAAUGUUGCCGAGGACAAACUUGGCCUCACCAAACUCUUGGAUGCUGAAGAUAUCGCUGUUGAGCAUCCCGAUGAGAAAUCCAUCAUAACUUAUGUGGUGACCUACUACCACUACUUCAGUAAGAUGAAGCAGGAGACAGUGCAGGGCAAGAGGAUCGGCAAGGUGGUUGGCAUCGCGAUGGAGAACGACAAGAUGAUGCAGGAAUACGAAUCGCUGACUAGUGACCUGCUGCAAUGGAUCGAGCGGACGAUCGAAGCACUAGGAGAUAGAACAUUCGCCAACUCAUUAGAGGGAGUGAGACAGCAGCUGAUCCAGUUCGCUAACUACCGGACCGUCGAAAAACCACCCAAGUUCGUGGAGAAAGGUAACCUGGAGGUCCUGCUGUUCACACUGCAGUCCCGCAUGCGCGCCGCCAACCAGAAGCCGUACACGCCGCGCGAGGGUCGCAUGAUCCACGACAUCAACCGCGCCUGGGAGCGACUCGAGAAGGCCGAGCACGAGCGGGAGCUGGCGCUGCGCGAGGAGCUCAUCCGCCAGGAGAAGCUGGAGCAGCUGGCAGCCAGAUUCAACCGCAAAGCCCAAAUGCGUGAGACUUGGCUAUCGGAGAACCAGAGGCUGGUCAGCCAGGACAACUUCGGGUUCGACCUGGCCGCUGUGGAGGCUGCUGCCAAGAAGCACGAGGCCAUCGAGACUGACAUCUUCGCUUAUGAGGAGCGCGUGCAGGCCGUGGUUGCUGUGUGCGGGGAGCUCCAAGCUGAAAGGUAUCACGACAUGGAGCGUGUGUGUGCGCGACGUGAUAACGUUCUGCGGCUGUGGGCCUACCUGCUGGAACUACUGCGAGCUCGUCGCGCUCGCCUCGAGCUCAGCCUGCAGCUGCAGCAGAACUUCCAGGAGAUGCUGUACAUUCUGGACUCGAUGGAGGAGAUAAAGAUGCGUCUGUUGACGGACGACUACGGCAAACACUUGAUGGGUGUAGAGGAUCUGCUGCAGAAGCACGCGCUGCUCGAGGCUGACAUCAACGUGCUCGGGGAGAGAGUGAAGGUGGUGGUGGGCCAGUCGCAGCGGUUCCUGGAGCAGGAGGAGGGCGGCUACCGACCCUGCGACCCCGCCAUCACCGUCGAGAGGAUCCAGCAGCUCGAGAACGCGUACGCCGAGCUGGUGCACCUGGCCGUGGAGCGCAGGAAGCGACUGGAAGACAGCCGAAAAUUGUGGCAAUUCUACUGGGAUAUGGCUGACGAAGAGAACUGGAUCAAGGAGAAGGAACAGAUUGUCUCCGUCGAUGACAUUGGACAUGAUCUCACAACUGUGUACCUGCUGAUAUCGAAGCACAAGGCUCUGGAGGCCGACGUCCACGCUCACGAGCCGCAGCUGAUGAGCGUCGCGGCCGUGGGCGACGAGCUCGUGUCGCAGGGACACUUCGGAGCUGACCGCAUACAGGAGCGGCUGCGUGACAUCCUGUCCCAAUGGAACCACCUGCUGGACGUGGUGUCGCUGCGCAAGGUGCGCCUGGAUGCAGCUGUUCGCUAUCACCAGCUGUUCGCCGACGCCGACGACAUCGACAACUGGAUGCUCGACACGCUCAGAUUGGUAUCGUCAGAGGAUACCGGGGUGGACGAGGCACAAGUGCAGAGCCUGCUGAAGAAGCACAAGGAUGUCACCGACGAGCUCAAACACUACGCGAACGUUAUACAGCAACUCAAACAACAGGCGAGCGAGUUGUCCCCCGAGGACGCCAGCAGCCCGGAGGUGCGCGAGCGGCUGGGCGCCAUGGACGCGCGCCUCAACGACCUGUCGGAGCUGGCGCGGCUCCGCAAGCAGCGCCUGCUGGACGCGCUGUCGCUGCACAAGCUGCUGGGCGAGGCCGACGCGGCCGACCAGUGGAUCGCGGAGAAGGACCGCAUGCUGGACACCAUGCACCCGCCCAAGGACAUCGACGACGUCGAGAUUAUGAAGCACAGAUACGACGGAUUCGACAAAGAGAUGAACGCCAACGCGUCGAGAGUUGCCGUGGUCAACCAGCUGGCGCGGCAGCUUAUCCACGUGGAGCACCCCGAGGCACCACGCAUCCAGGAGCGACAGACCAAGCUCAACCAGGCCUGGAGCGAGCUCCGGGAGAAGGCCGAAGCUAAGAAGGACGAGCUGAAGUCUGCUCAGGGCGUGCAGACGUUCUACAUCGAGUGCGGCGAGACCGUGUCCUGGAUCGAGGACAAGAAGAGAAUCCUGCAGCAGACAGACAACUUGGAGAUGGAUCUCAACGGUGUGAUGACCCUACAGCGGCGCCUGUCGGGCAUGGAGCGAGACCUGGCCGCGAUCCAGGCGCGCAUCACCUCUCUGGAGGACGAGGCUUCCGCCAUCGAGGGAGACCAUCCCGACGAGGCCAGGCUCAUCCGCGACCGCAUCGAGACCAUCUCGGGCAACUGGGAGCAACUCACGCAGAUGCUGAAAGAGCGCGAUGCCAAGUUGGAAGAAGCUGGUGAUCUGCACCGGUUCCUGCGCUCCGUGGACCACUUCCAGACCUGGCUCACUAAGACUCAGACUGACGUUGCAUCCGAAGAUAUUCCUUCGAGCUUGCCGGAAGCGGAGAAGCUCCUAUCUCAGCACCAGACGAUCAAGGAAGAAAUCGACAACUACAAGGACGAGUACGCGAAGAUGAUGGAGUAUGGACAGAAGAUCACGGCUGAGCCAUCAACCGCAGAUGAUCCUCAAUACAUGUUCCUCCGCGAGCGCCUGAAGGCGUUGGGUGAGGGCUGGGCAGAGCUGCAGCAGAUGUGGGAGAACCGGCAACACCUGCUCGCACAGUCGCUGGAGCUGCAGCUGCUGCAGAGAGACGCGCGCCAGGCUGAGGUUCUUCUGGCGCACCAGGAGCACAGAUUGGCAAAGACCGAGCCACCUACAAAUCUGGAACAAGCUGAGAACACGAUAAAAGAGCACGAGGCAUUCCUCACUACCAUGGAAGCUAACGACGACAAGAUCAACUCUGUGGUGCAAUUCGCGAACCGACUCGUCGAGGAACGGCACUUCGAUGCCGACAAGAUACAGCGCAAGGCUGAGAGCAUCCGAGCUAGGCGCGACUCCAACAGGGAGAAGGCGCUUCAGCAACUUGAAAAACUUCAAGACCAAUUACAACUCCACCAGUUCCUCCAAGACUGCGAUGAGCUCGCCGAAUGGGUUCAAGAGAAGAAUGUCACAGCUCAAGACGAUACGUACCGCUCAGCGAAGACUAUCCAUUCUAAAUGGACGCGCCAUCAAGCGUUUGAAGCGGAAAUAGCUGCAAACAAAGAACGCUUAUAUGCCGUCCAGAAUGCGGCUGAGGAACUGAUGAAACAGAAACCGGAGUUCGUCGAGAUCAUAUCUCCGAAAAUGCAAGAACUUCAAGAUCAAUUCGAGAAUCUCCAAACGACAACAAAAGACAAGGGAGAGCGACUUUUCGAUGCAAACCGCGAGGUGCUAUUACACCAGACAUGCGACGACAUCGACUCGUGGAUGAACGAGCUCGAGAAACAGAUCGAAAACACAGACACAGGAACUGACCUCGCCUCUGUUAACAUUCUAAUGCAGAAACAACAGAUGAUUGAGACUCAGAUGGCAGUCAAGGCUAAGCAAGUGACAGAACUAGAGACCCAAGCGGAGUACUUGCAGAAGACUGUCCCAGAUAAGAUGGAAGAGAUUAAGGAAAAGAAGAAGUCUGUAGAACAACGUUUCGAGCAACUCAAAGCGCCAUUGCUGGAUCGUCAAAACCAGCUCGCUAAGAAGAAGGAAGCCUUCCAAUUCCGUCGCGACGUUGAAGACGAAAAACUAUGGAUACACGAGAAGAUGCCGGUAGCUACCAGCACUGAUUAUGGUAAUUCCUUGUUCAACGUGCAAAUGCUUCAGAAGAAGAACCAGUCCCUGAGGACAGAAACAGAUAACCAUGAGCCAAGGAUACUGACAGUAAUCUCGAAUGGACAGAAGCUGAUUGACGAAGGACAUGAAGACACGCCCGAGUUUAAGAAGCUUAUCGACGAGCUAUCUGCGAGGUGGCGAGAACUUAAAGACGCUAUCGAACAACGAAAAGAAAAUCUGUCACAAUGGGAGAAGGCUCACCAAUACCUAUUCGACGCCAACGAGGCGGAGGCCUGGAUGAGCGAGCAGGAGCUGUACAUGAUGGUUGAAGACCGCGGCAAGGACGAGAUCUCCGCACAGAACCUCAUCAAGAAACACGAGAUUCUGGAGCAGGCAGUGGACGAUUACGCCAACACUAUCCGCCAGCUUGGCGAAACUGUGCGCCAGUUGACCAGCGAGGAACAUCCACUCAGUGAGCAGAUAUCUGUGAAGCAGUCUCAAGUAGACAAGUUGUACGCUGGCCUGAAGGACCUGGCGGGAGAGCGGCGCGGCAAGCUGGACGAGGCGCUGCGGCUGUUCCAGCUGUCGCGCGAGGUGGAUGACCUGGAGCAGUGGAUCACGGAGCGGGAGCUGGUGGCCAGCUCGCAGGAGCUCGGACAGGACUACGAGCACGUCACGUUGCUGUGGGAGAGAUUCAAGGAGUUUGCACGUGAAACCCAAGCCGUGGGCUCGGAGCGAGUGGCGACUGCGGAACGUAUCGCCGAUCAGAUGAUAGCCAUGGGACAUUCCGACAACGCAACUAUCGCACAGUGGAAGGAGGGGCUCAAGGAGACGUGGCAAGACCUGCUCGAGCUCAUUGAUACCAGGACGCAGAUGCUUGCGGCAUCGCGCGAGCUACACAAGUACUUCCACGACUGCAAAGACACGCUGCAGCGCGUCAACGAGAAGGCACGUGGCGUGAGCGAUGAGCUCGGCCGCGACGCGCUCUCCGUGUCCGCGCUGCAGAGGAAACACCACAACUUCAUGCAGGACCUCUCCACUCUGCACACUCAGGUGGAGGCCAUUAAGUCGGAGUGCGCGCGGCUGGGCGCGUCGUACGCGGGCGAGAAGGCGGCGGAGAUCAGCCGGCGGGCGGGCGAGGUGGCGGCGGCGUGGGACGCGCUGCAGGCCGCCUGCGCCGCGCGCCGGGACAAGCUGGACCACGCCGACCAGCUGUACCGCUUCCUGGCGCAGGUGCGCACGCUGCUGCGGUGGAUGGACGACCUGGUGCGCUCCAUGAACACCGGCGAGAAGCCCAGGGAUGUCAGUGGUGUGGAGCUGCUAAUGAACAACCACCAGAGUCUGAAGGCGGAGAUCGAAGCCCGCGAAGAAAACUUCACAUCCUGUAUCGCUCUUGGCCGAGAGCUGCUGGCCAGACAGCAUUACGCGUCCGCGGACAUCCGGGACAAGCUGCACGCGCUCACUGAGCAGAGGAAUGCGCUGCUUCGUCGCUGGGAGGAACGGUGGGAGAACCUGCAGCUCAUCCUGGAGGUGUACCAGUUCGCUCGCGACGCGGCCGUGGCGGAGGCCUGGCUGAUCGCACAGGAGCCCUACCUCAUGUGUCAGGAGCUGGGCCACACCAUCGAUGAGGUGGAAAGCCUCAUCAAGAAGCACGAGGCCUUCGAAAAAUCGGCCGCUGCACAAGAAGACCGGUUCAGCGCGCUCACGCGACUUACCACCUUCGAAGUCAAGGAGAUGAAGCGUCGUCAAGAAGCGGCCGAGGCUGCGGAACGUGAGCGCCGCGAGCGGGAGGAGGCUGAGGCAGCGGCGGCGGCCGCACAGGACGCCGUCGACCGCGCCGCCUCGCCCGAGCCGCCGCAACCUGAGGCGAGUAGCAAGUCCGCCCCGCCUCCUGAACCCGCUCCCUCGGACAAUACCCGGAUCGUUCCCGAUACUCCGCCGCCGACAAGUCCUUCGACGUCGAAACAGACGCCCGCUAAACCUGCACGUGCAUCCAUGGCCGGCACGAGCUCGAGUCCCGCGACACCGUCCAGCUCCGGUAAGGUGAAGUCGCGGUCGAGGAGCAAGUCACCGUUCCGCAGUUUCCGAUGGCGCACUGCGAAGAAGCUGCUCAGCGGAACUCAUCACAGCGACGACGAAGAGGGCGCUAGUCCGGGCAGCGAGGAUGAAGGUGUGGAGGGAAUGUUGGUGCGGAAACAUGAGUGGGAAUCUGCAGCCAAGCGUGCCUCCAACAGAUCAUGGGACAAGGUGUUCGUAGUAGCGAAGGACGGGCGCAUGUCCUUCUACAAGGAUGCGAAGGCUUACAAGUCUGCGCCUGACCAACACUGGCGGGGCGAAGCGCCCUUGGACCUCAACGGAGCAGUCGUGGAGCAGGCCACCAACUACACUAAGAAGAAGCACGUUUUCCGACUUAGGCUGUCCAGCGGCGCCGAGUUCCUGCUGCAGGCGCCCGAGGAGGCGGAGAUGUCGUGGUGGGUGGAGUCUCUCCGCGCCCGCACGGCCGCGCCCGCGCCGCGCUCUCACACGCUGCCCGCGCCCGCGCCGCAUGAGCCCAAGCGGCGCUCCUUCUUCACGCUCAAGAAGAACUAAACAGCGCAGUAGCGGGGCUAGCCACACACACCACUCGUCCCCCGUACUGAGUGCGUCGUGUGCGGUGUGUCCGCCCGCACGCACGACGUGUACGCAACCCGGGACGACGACAUUUCUCUCCGCGCUUGCUGCAGCAAGCUUCUCCCGUGAGGAACAACAGCGGGCCCCGUCUACAUUUACUCAUUAACGUUUGCGUACAAAUACAGCAUUGUUUAAGACUGUUAUGUUCGAGUGUUUGGAUUCGCCUUCGUUUGAUAUUUAUUGUACGGUUAUAGCUGAUGUAUGAACCCACCCCUUAAUAAUUGUUGUGAAUUUUAAUAUUUGACAAAAUUUUAGAUAUUCCUAAAUGCGACGCUAUUUAUUCGUAGACGACUGUUUAUUCAGAUGAGAAAUAUAUUUAAAUUUAUUUAUAUGUAUAUCUAUAUAUUACGGAUAGAAUAUACUUUUGAACUAACUAACUAGAAAUGUUUGUCGUUCGAUUAAAUUUAAUGCUGAAUGUUUUAUCGAUAAAUGAACAAUUUUAAUUAUAUCUGUUGACACUAUUGAUUUCUGCAUUUCAUUAGAAUGGAAUGCUUGAGCAUUUAACAGUAAUCGUACCCCAGUGAAUAUUUUAAUUAUUUGACCGUUUGAUGUUCGAUCAAACAACAAUUAUUUAAUAUUAAGCCGCGUAAAGGCGUUAGGUUUAAUUUGAAAUAAUAAAGUGUCUUCUUAGGAUAGUCCGGCGCCGGUCACUGUUGGUAUUUCACUUAUAAAUUUAUAUCAAUUUCAUAAUAGAGUAUUGUAAUUCGAUUAGAGUUAGGUCUUGUGGACGACGCCGGGGUAUCAACUUAUAUUAUGUACUUGUAAGUACGCUUCGCCUUAGUGCUUCUACGUAUUAUUUAACUGCCAUUAUUAAUUUCACAAAUUGUUAUAUUUUCUAAUACGUACUGUCACUUAUAUAUAUUACGACCUCACAUUUUUAGUUCGUUCUAAGUAUGACUAUUGUAUAGAAUAAACGCGUGUGUGUGUGCGCCAGCUUACGUCACGCAAUGUACACUCCGCCAUUACCUAUGUUUAAAUAUUUUAUUUUUAAAUUUUACUUUUUUGAGGAUAUAAUAAUAUAAUAAAUGAUGUUUUCAAAUA